AAAAAUUGAGAGUAAUUGAUCUUUCUCACAACAAGUUGAAAGAAGAGUUCCCUGUUUGGCUGCUGCAAAACAAUUCGAACCUCAAAUUUAUGAAUCUUAGGAACAAUUCUUUUGUUGGUCAACUCUAUUUGCCAUCAUAUAAAAUUAGAAAUAUGGUUUGGUUGGAUCUCUCAAACAAUCAUUUUACUGGAAAGUUACUAGAGGACUUUGGGGACAAACUUCUUGGCUUACAGUAUCUGAAUUUGUCUCAAAAUCAGUUUGAAGGUACUCUCCCAAGUAGUCUUGGCAAUAUGAGAGAUUUGGCAAAGUUGGAUUUGGCCUUCAAUUUUUUCUCAGGAGAAGUCCCUAACGAAUUACUUGUGGGCUGUAGCAAUUUGCAACAUUUGAGGUUGUCUUACAAUAGACUUAAUGGCCAAUUUUUCUCAUCUAAAUUCAACUUGAGCACUUUGUUACAACUAGAAUUAAACAACAAUGGGUUCACUGGAAGCUUGUUGAAUGUGAAGCUUGAGACAUUGGACAUAUUAGAUGUUAGCAACAACUACUUGAGGGGUCCAAUUCCUACCUGGGCUAACAAGGUGACUUGGAUAAUUUCAAUGAGGAAUAACUCUUUUGAAGGCCAAUUUCCAUGCCAACAACCUAUGUCUGAAUGGUUGCUUUUUCUGGACGUCUCUCAUAAUCUUCUUUCCGAUCAUCUGCCUUCUUGCAUUGAUUUCACCACCAUAGUUGAGAUUCAUUUAGAAGGGAACAAGUUCACAGGACUGUUGCAAGAUUUUCUUCCCAAUUCCUCAAGUAGUCUUUCUGUGUUGAAUCUUAGAGAUAACAACUUGUCCGGCUUCAUUCCUGACUUGAUUGAUCAAAUGCAGAUUAUGAACAAGUUUAUUGAUGAAAAUCACAUAUAUGGAGAUCUCAUAAAGAAGAAUCUAGACCUUGUCAUAGAUACUGAGGCUACAGGAUUGAAUGAGAUUUAUCUAGUUGAUAAAAAUAGGGGCUGCUCUUACAAGGGUAGUAUAUUAAAUUUCAUGUCUGCUCUUGACAUGUCUUGUAACAAUUUGAUUGGAGAAAUCCCUCAAGAGCUUGGAAAGUUUACACAGAUUCGGGCUUUAAACUUAUCUCAUAAUCAAUUGAUGGGUCCUAUUCCAGUCACUUUGUCAAAACUAUCCAACAUUGAAAGCUUGGACCUCUGUUGUAACAAUUUGAGUGGAAAUAUCCCGUUAGAGUUAACCAACCUAAACUUCUUAGAGGUCUUCAAUGUGUCAUACAACAACUUAUCUGGCGAGAUUCCAAUGAAAGGACAGUUUUCAACAUUUGAGGAGAGCAGCUAUGAAGGAAACCAAUUUCUUUCCAAGCUACCAUUGGAGAAAUGCUGCAUCAUUAAUACUGAGACACCACAUUUGGAAUUAUUACCUUCAGAGGCAACUAAAGGGAAAUGGUAUGAAGUUGACCUUCUUGCUUUCUAUGCAUGUUUUUUCCCAGCAUAUGCAGUGUUCUUUCUGUUGAUCGUGUCCCUUCUCUGCAUCAACCGUCACUAGCUUGAAAGGCCACUUUAUUUCAUAUCAAACAUUAACUACCUUUUGAAUUUGGCAUUCUUCGACAUUUUGAGUCAUUGAUGAAGAGUUUUAGUAGUCCAUCUUAUUACCUAGUUCUUGCAACUUUAUACACCAUGUAGUUAGUUUAGUCCUUUGGUUGUGACAAUGCCUAGUUAUUGUGUAUAAGUUUGGAAAUCUAAAUUUGAAGAGGCUGUGUAUUUGAAUUUGGGGUUUAAAUUCAAAUAAAAGGUUUGUUUUAAU